GGAGUGAGUAUGAUGUAUCGAAAACAAAAUCCACUUGUUCUAUCUCAGAAGCAGCAGCAGCAACAGCAACAGCAGCAACAACAACAACAACAACAACAUCAACAUCAACAUCAUCAUCAUCAACAAACCUAUUUUCAUAAAAAUAGAUUAAAAGAUCAGCAACAACAUAAUACUAAUAAUAACUCACUUUUAUAUAAAAAACAAUUAACAUGGAACUUUACAUGGCUUGUGUUUAUGAAUGAAAAAUGGGUUCCAUUUGAUAGCAUAAAUCAAAUUAAACUUGAACAAACAUUAACUGUAGGUGGAACAUUUGCUGAUAUUCAAGAUAGUCAUUUUCCAGAUGUGAAAAGAGUUCGAGUAUUUCCAAAGAAUAGUUAUCUUAGUUAUUUGGGCGUCAAAUAUAGAUUGUCUCGAAUAAUGCAACCAGACGCCUUUUUAGAUCAUGUGAGCAUUGCUGAAACGAGAAAAUCAAAUAACAGAGUUAUGAUUUCUUUGUUAGAAUAAUAAAAAUUAAUUGAAUCACAACAUCUACUGCUUUACGAAGAAAAAAAAAAAAAAAAGGAAAGAGGGAAACAGCUAUUAAUACUAAAUAAUUCACUUGUAAAUAGAUUAUUAUUAGCUUCUUUUACGUACUAUCUCAUUUCUAUCUAUUUAUUUAUUUUUCUUUAUAUGCGCAUUUGAAUAAUUAAAAAAAAAAAAGCCUCAAGUGCAAUUUGA